AUGUCAAAGCGACAGGCAGAUAUUGAGUUGAACUCGGACAACUCCCAACUAGUGGAGGCUAAUAUUGAAGCCGAGAAUGCUGAGCAUGCUGGACAGAUGGGAAUGUUUCGUCAUGCAGAUGAAAGAGUCGUACAGGGACGCAGUAUAAAAACUCCUCGUAGUCGCAAAACUGGUAAUACCACCACUCACGCAGCAGCUCCUAGUACUGGCUCAUUGUUUAGCUUUGCCACGAGUGGAACUCCGUCAACUGGACUUAACGAUACCACUCGAAUGCCAUUCUCGUUUGGUACAACUGAAUCUAGCAAGACACAGAGUAGUGCAGGAAUGUUUUCAUUUGGUGCUUCACCAAAAAGUGUAGAUGAUCAGUCUAUUCCAGCAUCGAUCAAGCCGAGUGGAUCGACAUUCUCUUUUGGAUCUACUGCUAGUAUUUUUAGUCCACCCAAAAAUGAAAGCAGUCCAUUUCAAUCAGGAUUCUCCUUUGGAUCCACUCCACUAUCAUCUGCUGCAGUGUCAACUCCAACAUCGGUAUCAUCUGUUGUAAUGCCGGCUCCAACAUCGGUAUCCACGCUUUUUACAGCACCUGCUCCAACAUCCAUGCCGACAUUUACUGUAUCCGAUUCCACCAGUACUAUGAAACCCAAGGAUGCUAUGUCUGGCACCAUUGAUGUUCAUACUUCAAAAAAACUGGAGCAUAUACUUUUGCAGUUGCGUGGACUUAAUGCAAGUUUUUUGAACCAAAUUCAAACUCUUUAUUCUGAAGAUUGUUUUCAGGAUUUGGGCCGUAUAUUUGAUUCAUACAAGGAUCAACGCCGAGAUAUGAUUGCAAAGGCUCAAGAUGUAGCUUGUUUGCUAAAGUCGACCAACGAUGUUGCUUAUGUUCCAGCUACUUCCGUGACUGCAUCACCAGCUUUGUCUUCUGUGGGAUUCAAAGCACCGACUCCGCUUUCGAAUUCAAAUGGAAUCCAGCCAUUUUCAUUUAAUGCUACAUCGAGUAGUAAAGUUGACAAUAGUUCAAAUGGUAAAUCGUUGGGACCAGUUCCUCCUUUGAAUGCAAAUGGGAUUCAACCGUUUUCAUUUGGAUCUAAAGAUAAACCAGUGAUUUUGCCUAUUCACUCGAAUGACCAACCCAAAUUUUCGUUUGGAACCAGUUCAAGUUCAUCCACUCUAGUUGAAUCUACACCGACAAUCAAUCCCAUUUCAAUGCCUACCAGUGGGAUAGAGGUAGAGCAUGCUAAGCCUACUACACUACUUUCAAAUACACUUGGCCCAGUAACUAGUAACGAUACUGCUGUCAAGCCAUUACCUACAUUUUCGUUUGGAAAUGGGCCUCCAACAUUUGCUAGUGCUUCUACGUCAUCCGAAGCACUGAGCAGUAAAAACCUUUUUGCCACUGCUUCCAAUGUUGGAUUUACAUUUGGAUCAGGCACUCAAUCCACAUUAUUUGGAUCAGGCACUCAAUCUACAACAGGCACGCCGUUUUCAUUGGCAAAAGGCGUAUCCGGAUCUGACGGUAGUAGUACAUUAUUUGGCAAUGGAAAUUCCAGUGGAUUUAGUUUCAAUACAGAAGCAAAGCCAUUUAUGCCAGGAAGUGGAUCAGUUGGAAAUGAAGUCAAGGAUGGGGAAGACGAAGAUGCUGCACCAUUAGAAGAGCAAAUCGGAGAUGUAUUAAUGAACGGAGCAGGGGAAGAGGGCGAGGUAACAGACUAUGAGGUGCGAGCAAAGUUGUUUUUUAUGGGAGAAAAAAAGCAUACAGAAACGAUAUCGCCAUGGGUAUCCAAAGGAAUCGGAAUAUUGCGCAUCAAACGACACAAGGAGAGUUCAAAGUGCAGAUUGCUAAUGCGAGCUGAUACGGUAGGCCAUGUGUUGCUUAAUACAGCAAUAUACAAGACCAUGCCGGUAACAAAAGUAGGAGAGAAUUCAGUAUCAUUGCUGGUUACCAGUAGUGAAUCAGAAGGAAAGUUAAUUCAAGGAUUGAUCCGAGUCAAGACAGCCAAAAUGGCGGAUGAAUUUAUUGCAGCUGUUGUAAAAGCCAAGGCAGAGUAGAAAAUACUGAUUGACUACCCGUAUUGACUGUAGUCGAUGAAUUAAAUAAAAUGGAUUGAUGGCAUU